AUGCCAUCUACAAAUCACGAAUAUAAUAACGUUUAUGAUUAUAGACAUCCCCUUUAUAUUGGCGGCUGGCGAAGGAAUGUCGCGUACAUUGACGAAGAUUUUAUCAAUGACAACCUAGACGAGCCUCAUAUGAAGAGGAAAAUUACAAUUUUAAGUCAAUAUCCAGAAAUUAAAAGACUAUAUGGAUAUGACACCAUUACCGUAGACAUUGCAAUUGUCGGAGUUUUAGUUCAGGUGACAGCAGCAUAUAUAUUUGGUCGCUGGCUAAUUAGUGGGAAUUUGACAAUGCUCAUUACUUCAUUUAUACUCGGAGGGACUAUGACACAGAUUUAUAGUAUAGUAAUUCAUGAGGCUGCGCAUUGUCUCGCGGCGAGAACAAAAUUCCGGAAUCGUAUCGUUGGUCUUAUCGCAAAUAUAGCAUUACCAAUACCUAUAACCAUGUCUUUUCGUCGACACCAUUUAAAACAUCACGCUUUUCAAGGUGUGGAAGAGAUAGACCCAGAACUACCUUCAGAAUGGGAGAAAAAGCUUGAUAUUAUCAUACAUCAUUAUUGUGGUUAUAGAGGAUUAUUAUAUCUAUUUAUGUCAUUAUGGUUUGGUUUUAGCAUUCACCCAGUAGCAGCUCGAUAUAUCCAGGAGCAUUAUACGUUUGAUGAUGGUCAAGAAACUUAUUCCUAUUAUGGAAUACUUAAUAAAAUAUUUAUGAAUAUUGGUUAUCAUACUGAACAUCACGAUUUUGCAAACGUACCGUGGACAAGGCUCCCUGAAAUUAAUAAAAUUGCAACUGAAUAUUAUGAAAAUCUUGCUUAUCACACGUCAUGGUUUAUGGUCCACUGGAAUUUUGUUACGCAAAAGCAGUUCGGAAUACAAAGUCGUGUAAAAAGAAGUUUUAAAGCACAUAAAAGGGGUCGAAAAAUGUUGAAAAAUUUAAAAAUGGCAUUAAUGUAG